AAUACGAGUGAUAUACGAUUGAAUUUUCCUAUUUCACCAAAAAUCUGUACUACCACUUCACGGAUAUAACAGAAGAAUCCCUAAAUAAUCAAUACUCAAUUUAUUACAUUCACCCAACCAAUAACCAAAAAACCAUAGCAGCUUCAGAUCUCAUGGAUGAUGGUCACAUGCACCACGGCGGCAUGGAUGGUAUGAACAUGUCAUCACCGCCAUCAUCAUCAACCAAUGGUACUACCAUGAUGAUGGGUCAUAGUAUGAUACACAUGACAUUCUUUUGGGGUAAAGAUGCUUUGAUUCUCUUCAAUAAUUGGCCUAAUGGUGAUACUGGUAUGUAUGUAUUGGCUUUGAUUAUUGUUUUCAUCAUGUCUCUACUCAUCGAGUUACUCUCAAGGACCCGGUUCAUUAAACCCGGUUCAAACACAGUUGCUUCCGGUUUGGUUCAGACACUUUUGCAUGUUGUUAGAGUUGGGUUAGCUUAUUUGGUUAUGUUGGCACUUAUGUCUUUUAAUGGUGGUGUUUUCUUGGUUGCUGUUCUUGGUCAUGCUCUUGGAUUUUUCUUAUGUAGCAGUGCUUUCAGAAAACCACAUCAUGAUGAACCUUAUGAUCUUCCUCCCAUAUCUUGUUAAUUAAUUACUGUAAUUGUUUUAUCUUGUUUUGUCUGUUACUUAAUUUUGAUUAAUGAUAUCAUAAACUGUUUAGUGCUGAUUUGCAAUUUAUGUUUUUUUUUUUGUGACAAAUUAAAUGGUUUAAAUUAUA